UAACUUCAAUGUUUGAAUCCGAAGCCUUCAACCAAAGUAAAAAUAAUCAGCGAAAAAAUUAUCUCCCUCCCAGUUAUCAUUUGUGUCGUGUCUCUCGUUUGAAAAUUUUAAAAAUGCUGCGUUUGUCCAAUUCUGCAAGAAACUCUUGUGAUAGAUUCAUUCCGCUUCGCCUCAACGACGAAAUAUCACCAGACCCAUCAAACUUUGAUCCCUUAGACCACGAAGUAAUGGAAAACACCGGCUUUAUCAAUUAUGCCAAAAUCCGAUACAACCGCAACAACUACAAAAACGCGUUACGAAGCGCUUUAUUACCGUACGAACCGAAAGUUUUGAAUUUUUUUCCACCGAAAAAAUUCAAAGCGAAGAAAACACCGGGCACGGAACAUACUUGGCCGGUUAAACCGAGGGAAAAGCCGGUCAUUGGCUUGCCGAAGACUGUCCUAGACAUGCCCCAAUUCGAUUCCACUAUCUUUCACCAUGUUUGUGAUUGGAGCAGUGAAGGCUGUAUUGCCACCAUUUUCCAAAACGAGGUUCACAUAUGGAACCAUGUUACGCAGAGAAGAAUAAGAAUUACGUCUACAACUCAUCGAAUAGAGUACUCCAUCAAGUGGAAGAAUGGAGGGACGCAGUUUGCGGUCGGUUUGUUCCCCAGCAGUGUCGGAAUUUGGGAUGUAGUAGCAAACAAGCUCAUUUGUUGGGAAUCCUGUGGCCACUACGCCCACAAGUGCAAAGUCUUUGCCCUCGAGUGGAUAAAUGCCCAACUUUUGGUCACCGGAUGUUCUCUAGGAUCUUUGAAAGUCUUCAAUUCUGAGCUAAACAAAAUCAGGGAGUCGACUUUUGCUCACACUGGUGCCAUUUUAACCAUCGUAAGAUCUUGCGACAGCAGAUUUAUUGCAACGACUGGAAUGGAUAAAAUGAUGAUUGUGUGGAGAAUCCCAACUUUGGAGAAACAUUUCACAUUUGAAACGGACACAAUUAGCCGGGCAGUGGCAUGGCACCCCUGGCGUGGCUCUCUUCUGGCAGUAGGAGUAGGUCAAAGGAAUGGACACAUAGUCAUUUUUAAUAUAAAUAAGAAAAGUUCUAUCGCGGAGGAGAAAUUUACUUAUCGCAACGCUACAGUCAAUUCUCUCACCUUCAACCCAAUCAGUGGGGAGCUUGUGGCGAGUUAUUUCGUCCGCGAUGCGAGAGACAGACGCAAGGGGGUCGGAGUUGUAGUCGUUUUCUCAAAUAUUGACCGAAUAGAAGAGGAACUGCAUCUCCACGAUGGUCCGAUUUUGUAUCUAUUGUGGGGAAACAAAGGUCGGAAUUUAGCGUCGGCAAGUGCCGACGAGAAUUUGUGUAUUUGGGAUUUUUUCGGAAAAAUGGAUGAACAAAGCCAAAACGGAAGGAAGAAGAAAGAAAAAAAUACACCUACAAGUUCGGUACUACGUUCUACUAUUAGAUAAUUUUAAUGUGUUUGUUUGUGAUUUUAAAUUAUCAAAAGCGGGUCUUAAGUACAGUUUUAUAAUUUUACAUUUGAAUAAAUUUUUACAAAAG